AACUACGGAAUGUUACUGCCAUGUCUAGUUUUGCCCGUUGCAUUUUAAGGAUUAUAGCUCAUUUACAAAUAUUUUGCGAAUUCACACAAGUUGUUUUGGCAAUGAACAUUGACAACCUGCCUACCCACUGAAACGUAGUUAAUACAAUGAGCUAAGUGCCAUGAGUGUCAUAUGACUAGCGCCUGCCUUCAUUGCUUUGGUUGCAUUCAGCAUCUUCCCAUUUCAGCGUAUCUACAAUUUGUAAGUCUGAUUGACAUUAUCUUCCGCUUUUUAGUAGACCCUAAAGAGGCAGACAGGUUCCUGCAGCAGCUGAGUGAGUUUGCUGCGGAGAAUGGGAUGAGCGCAGGCCCAUUGCGAAACCUGGUGAAGAGUGUGCUUCUGGUGCCUCAUGGUGCUCUGAAGAAGGCUUUAAAUGCUGACCAAGUGAAAGAGGAUCUUGUCACUUUAGGAUUAAAUGAAGACAAAGCGCUCUAUUUCUCAAAUCAGUGGAAAGUCCACUAUCCUGUACUGUCAAGAUUGGCCGUGGGACAGACUCUGAUGGUCAAUCAGCUUGUGGACAUGGAAUGGAAAUUCGGAGUGACUGUCGGGACGAGCGAGCUACAGAAAGUUGGGAACAUCUUCUUGCAGCUGAAGUUGGUCGUUAGGAAGGGGAAUUCCACUGAGAAUGUCUAUAUGGAGCUGACCCUUCCGCAGUUUUACAAUUUCCUGCAUGAGAUGGAGCGUGCCAAAGCCAGCAUGGACUGCUUCAGCUGAGCGUGCCGGCGGCCAGAGGGCACGAGGAGGGUGGACUGGCCGCAGAGUCAGAACCACAGACUGGCGUUGUGUGGAGCGCGGGGAACAUUCUGGACUUGAAGGGUUCUUCCUGAGUUCCGUGAUGCAAGAUUUAAACCCUUUGAGUGCAUCCUGUUUGCUUGUCUUGUACAACACUGUUGAACUGUGCUGUGAGUGAGCGAAUGACUGAGUGUACUCAUUGCCACAGCCCCAUUAUUCCAACCCCACUUAAAACACCUUUGUUUUUUUUUUUGUUUUUGUUUUUUGGGAGUGAUAGUUUUUUUUUUUUGAGAAUAAAACUAUCACUCUGUAAAUUGCACUUUUUGCUAAAUUGUAAUUGUGUCAUUACCAUCAUAUUGAAGAUGUUUUCAUUAAUCUGUUUCGAAUAAAUGGUAAGAAUAAA